GACAGCCAGGACAUGUGCUUCGACAUCCGAUAGCCCUCACUCCCAAUGCACCCGGCCGCGACAACAGUGCUCCAAAAUGUUGCUCAGCACGCGCAUCUGUUCCUCCCCUUCAUCCUCCUCGCCGCAAGCGUGUCCACCGCCGUCAACACGCCAGAACGACACUCCCUCCUUAUAACGAGCAUAUCAUGGACCUUGGUGUGGAUUCUGAGCAUAGUUCGAGCAGGAGUGUUCGCAGGCCUGGACAGUGUGAAGAGGAAAAAGUCGUGUUGGGCUGCGGGAGUGCUGCUCGCAUUAGCCCAGAUCUGUGAUCGAGCUGCCCGCGACCGAGAAGGAAUGUGGUGGGCGCAGGCCUUUCUUCCCGGCGUUGUCUACUUUCUACUCGAGACCGACCUAUGGACUAAGACUGGAAUUGUCCCCGCCUUCAUCCCUCUCGGAGACCAUACGAUUGACAGUCAAUCCGGCACAGAUAAGAGCACCGGUGCCGGGUCUUCGCGCCUGAUUUUCGUAAUUACAGUAACUGCUGCUAUUGUGCUCCGCACUCCCUACAACACGGCCCCCACGUCUGCUCUUGGAUUGAGUACCGUUAUAUUCACAGCCACGGGCCUGGUCUUCUUUGAAAAUGCCAUAACUAGCACGAAAGAUGCUGAAAAGGCUAGUAGUAGAGGCUUUGUCUCUGCUAAUGGCUCUUUUUCAAGGCGAGAAUCUAUGAGUGGCGCGAGGCAGAGUCAUUACUUGACAUCGUUGAGAGAUGUCGCAAUUGUCAUGGCCGUAAUAACCGGCAUCGCAACCUUCGUAAUGGAAGAUUUCAGGACAGACGUUUUGACAUGGAGUCCUGACAUCUGGGACUUGAAAGGAGGCCGUGAAGAUUGGAGGGGAGUCCAAACUCCCGGGCUAAUUAUACGACAAUGUCUGCUCAUGAUCACCGUCAAUGCGCUCAAGACUUUUCUAUUGUUUGUAACGCUUCAUCACCAAGGAGCUCUUCGGACAGCUUUCAUCGCUGUGAGCUCUUGCCUCAUUGCCCGCUUGCAUGUGGGAGCAUCAUUUUCAGGCGUCUGGUUCACGAUUAUAUUUGGGGUCACGGCGAUCUUGUUCCUGUUCGAUCCAUCGUCUUCAUCAAACGUGUCCAUCGAUCGUAGAAUGACGAUGCGAGCUAGACGCCUCCUCUUCUUGCUCAUAUCGGUGUCUCUUCUCGUCUUCCUUGCGAAGGGCCUCUACAGUAAUGCUGCGUUCAGAUCAGGGGACUCUACGGACCCACUAAAGACUGUGUUUGACUUGCCUCCCGAAUCACCGCUCGGGCCAAUUCCUCUGGACACCAAAAUUGGCCAUCCGAUUGACCAGCUCAUCAAAUCGGCAGAAAAGGACUUUCAGGAUCUACAAGACCGACAAUCGAAAUCCCUGGCGGCAGCAGUCACAGAAUAUCGGCGUAGAUAUGGAGUUCCACCUCCGCCAAACUUCGACCGUUGGUACGAGUUUGCGCAGAGGUCCGGAGUUGAGCUGAUUGACGAGUUUGACACAAUUCAAGAAUCGCUUCUCCCGUUCUGGGCGCUGAAGCCAUCGACUAUUAGGGCUCGGGUAAGAGAGGCUUUGGGGGCCGAGGAGAACGCAUUGAUCGGUAUUUUGAUCCGGGACGGAGUCACGGUCAAAGUCGAAGGUGGCCCUGAAUGGCAACAAAAAGCUACAGUUGGCAUGAUGAACCAAUUCAUGGAAUUUUUGCCUGAUAUGGAUCUGGCCUUCAACAUCCACGACGAACCUCGUGUGGUAGUGCCGCAUGAUCAGCUGUCCCGAAUGAUCCAAGUUGCAAGAGAUCAGAGCAUGCCUGCAGCUUUCGGGAACCGUACACCGAGGAACACAUUCUCCACCCGGCCAAAAGAUAUGAAUGACGGCAAACGAUUCGACGACGUCAAGACUACCCGCUUCAACAAAUUUGCACACCAGCAGACCUGGACACAUUCGCGCAUGUCUUGUUCUCCAGAGAGUCCUUCCAGGAGCUAUGAAGAUCACACUGCUGAUAAUCUCACUUCGUAUGCGGCUACCUCUCUGGGCUUUGUCUACAAUACUUCUGCUUUUGGCGACAUUUGCAACUCGCCUUCGCUACGCCAUACCUUCGGCUUCUUUGAGCGUCCUAACGCCUACAACAUUGUUCAUGACUUGAUCCCGAUCUUCUCACAGUCCAAAGUAUCGUCAUACCAAGAUAUCUUGUACCCCAGUCCUUGGUACUGGGAUACAAGAGUGGGGUAUGACGAGACUCGCGAUACGACCUGGGAGAACAAGACUGACAGUCUCUAUUGGCGCGGAUCGACGACCGGUGGGUUCAGUCGAAACGGAGGUUGGAGGCGACAGCACCGGCAGCACAUCGUUCAGCGCCUGAAUGCGCCUGACACCGCAAAGAUUAUGGUCAAUCGAGGCCAAGCUACCCCGCCAGAUUGGCAGGUCAAAGAGGUUCCGCGUGACGACUUCAAAGAUGUCAUCGACGUCAAAUUCUCCUAUCUGGGCCAGUGCGACGAAGGAGACUGCGAUGCACAGAAAGAGUUCUUCGAGGUUGUGGACCGUGUCGAUGGACAGGACGCCUGGCAAUGGAGACAUCUCCUCGACAUGGAUGGCAACGCUUUUAGUGGCCGUUUCUACGCCUUCUUGAAAAGCAAGAGCUUGGUGUACAAGAUGGCUAUCUUCCAGGAAUGGCAUAAGGAGUGGCUGAAACCUUGGGUGCACUACGUCCCGUUAUCGCUUAGGGGAGAUGAGCAUCUGGAGGCUGUGCGGUAUAUGUCGGGUGAAGAAGAGGGCCAGAAGCAGGCUGAGAAGCUGGCCAUGGCUGGACGCGAGUGGGCGAACAAGGUGCUACGGAACAGCGAUUUCGAAGUGUGGUUCUUCCGGUUGUUGUUAGAGUACGGAAGACUCAUCGAUGACGAUAGGGAAUCGAUAGGAUAUGCAGGACCUUGAUCCCUGGUUCACGUGCUUGGGCGUUUAAAUGGCCUUGGUUUUCAGCCUUCGCAGCAUACGACGGAUGCAUGGGCGUACUUUUUUUGUUUUUCGUGGUCACGAUUUUUGCAUUGGAAGCGGGUGAGAAGUAUGUUUUAUGGGGAUGGGGGAAUGCCCCGUGUCGUACAUAUACCCUUCAAUUCGGAUGAAAUUACAGUAAUCGGCGCGUGGCGCUUGUAUAGAGUGGAGCAAGUGAGGUAAAUUGAAUAACAUGACCGACGUGGUAG